CGGAUUCAUUCACUCGCGGCCAUCACUCAACCACAGUCGGAUCCACGGACGGACGCGCUUCGAUCUCUCUCCUCCAGCUCUCUCUCUCUCUCUUUGGUCGUAAUCCUCGCCAGCCAUCAUGAACAAGUACGCCAUGAUGGCCCUUUGCCUAAUGGCCGCCUUGGGGGCCCUGCUCCUGGAGGCUCAGGCCACGCCAGCCGGCACAGCAGCUGGAACCAAGCUAGAUCCCAGCCAGCUGGGUGGACUCUCGGCUCAGUUCCUGCCGCCGGAAUAUCGUAACACCAAUGUCAGUGUGGAUGACAUCAAGCGCAUGUAUCGCGAAAAGUGCAAGAAGGUGAAUGGUGCGGAUAAUGCCACCUUUUACGAGGAAAUUGAAAAGGCGGCGGCCAAGAUGAGCACCUGCAUCAGCGGUGUGGCCAACCUAACGGCUCUUCAGGAGGAAAUGGAGAAGGCCAAGCCACAGGGUGAACUGGACACCGUGUUCCACAAAUACUGCCAAAAGGCACCCGAGGCAGAGGCCUGUGUAAAGGAGUUUAACGAGAAGGCUCAGCAUUGUCUUACCGCCGAGGAGAAGCGCCACCAGGAGACUGUGUCCCGCAUUGGAGCCGCCCUGCUGGGCUUUGCCUGCUCCCGUGGCGGCGAUCAGAUUGCUCUUUUUGUGGCAGAGCAGGGUCCCGAGUGCUUGGAGGCCAACAAGGAGGCCAUUAGCAAUUGCCUCAAUCAAUCCUUCCAUAAUUAUAUACCCAAGGAUGGCAAGGUGUCGGAUUUGAUGAGCAGCCCCGAGCUUCUGUUCUCGCCCACCCACUGCGUUGACCUGCAGCGCUUCGAGGCCUGUGUUUUGCAUCACCUGGAGCAGUGCUCGGAGAUCACACCCGCCAACAUUGUCCAGUCGAUCUUUCGCUUUGUGAAGAACGAGACCGACUGCCAGGCAUGGAUGAAUGCUCGGGCCAAUGAGAAACCCAUACUGAUGGCUGCCGCUGUUGGAAAUAGUACUGGAGGUGGAGCCGCGGCUCUGACCUUGAGCCUUGCGGCACCCCUUGUGGGCGUUAUGCUGCUCCUGGUCCGCCCCUGAAUUAGCUAGCCUAGCUGAUGGUAUUUUUUUCUGUGUGAUUGUGUGUUCAAGCCGAUAGCAAUUCUUCCGAUAAGAAGCGCCUGUAUAUUACCUAUUAUUUCGGUUUCUUUUUUUUUUUUUUUUUUAGCAGUAGUGGGCACCGAUCGCAAGUAUCGGUGCCAUAUAAUUUAACGUCUCGCAAGGAAUUGAGCUCAUAAUAAACGAGAGAUUACGAUGAACGCA